UCCUUCCUGCUCUCUCUCUCUGUUUUUUUUUUUUUUUUUUGGUAUGGGAGAUUAGAUAUAGUUUACCUUCUUUUUCUAUAUAUAAAAAACUUAUUUUUAUGAGAGUUUUGGUAUUGUUAUAAAGAAAAAAUAAAUAAAGAUGGGAACUUUGUAUUCUUAUGGGUGUCAGGCUGUGUGAAUUUUCUCAAGCGAAGCAAAGUCUUCUCUUUCACACCUUUCAAUCUCAAAAGCAAGGAAGACGAAUCUAGGGUUUGACAGCACCAAGUCCAACGAGGUCUGUUACUUGUUUUCUUUGGUGCUUUUCUUGCUUCUUCACUUGAAAAAUCAAUUCUCGAUUUCUCUCUUCAAUUUUCUGAUUUCCUAUCUGGGUUUCACUCCCAACCCCUUUCUUUUUUCUCUUAAUCAAUUUAUUUUAUCUCGAAACCCCAGUCCUUUCUUCUCUCGUAUGAUCUUCCUGGUUUUCUUUGUUUCGUAAGGAAUUGCUAUUUUCUCAUAAGUUCAACUACUUCCUUUUUUAAGUUCAACCAUCACAAAAGAUUAUUUCUUUUUAGGGGUGAAAAAUGGGAUUUUCCUAUCUGGAUUUUUUGGGUUGUUGUACCUCCUAUGAUUGAAGCAGGUAUCUGGGCUUUUGUUCUUUCUUCUUUGGCUUAUUGGGUUUGAGGAAUUAGGGAUUUUUUUUUUCUGGUGGGGGAUUAUUAUGGAGGAGGUUGAAGAAGCAAAUAAAGCAGCUGUAGAGAGCUGCCAUAGAGUACUAAAUCUUUUGUCUCAGCCCCAGGAUCAAGUUCAGCGUAGGAAUUUAGUGGUGGAAACUGGAGAGGCUGUGUUUAGGUUCAAGAGAGUUGUUUCUCUUCUAAAUACUGGUUUAGGUCAUGCCAGAGUUAGAAAGGUUAAGAAACUUCCAAUCCCUCUACCGCAAAAUAUACUCUUAGACAAUCCUAAUUGUAGAACAGACCGUCCGUCCAAAACUUCUCAUUUUCUUCAAUCUAGCAUUCCUGAAAACCCUCUUCAUGAUAUGGGUUCAAAUGUUAAAAGUUCAUUGUGCUUGGGAAACACAUCUUUGGAGCUGAGCUCUGGUGGGAAAACCCCAAUCCAACUUGCCCAACAAGGGACCCCAGCACACUAUCGUCUCCACCAGCAGCAGCAACAACAGCACCAGCAGCAGCAACAACAGCAGCAACAGCAACAAAAGCUUUUGUUUCAGCAGCACCAGCAACAGAUGAAACAUCAAGCGGAAAUGAUGUUUCGAAAGAGCAAUAGUGGCAUAAGCUUGAAUUUUGAUAGCUCUAGCUGCACGCCAACAAUGUCAUCCACUAGGUCCUUCAUUUCUUCUUUGAGCAUGGACGGAAGUGUGGCCAAUUUGGAUGGGAAUUCCUUCCAUUUGAUUGGUGCCCCGCGGUCAUCGGAUCAGACUUCACAACACAAGAGGAAGUGUUCUGCAAGAGGUGAUGAUGGAAGUGUGAAAUGUGGUAGCUCUGGUGGUAGAUGCCACUGCUCAAAGAAAAGGAAACAUAGGGUGAAAAGAUCAAUCAAGGUGCCAGCUAUCAGUAACAAGCUUGCAGAUAUCCCACCUGAUGAUUUUUCAUGGAGGAAGUACGGCCAGAAGCCAAUCAAGGGUUCUCCUCAUCCUAGGGGAUACUAUAAAUGUAGCAGCAUGAGAGGUUGUCCGGCGAGGAAGCAUGUGGAGAGGUGCUUGGAAGACUCUUCAAUGCUUAUUGUGACCUAUGAAGGUGAACAUAACCAUCCCAGGAUACAAUCUCAGUCUGCAAACAACUGACCUAUUAUUAUGUAGGGCUUCUCCUUGGUCAAGGCCAACUAAACCAUAUGAACUAAAAAGUUUUAAUCUGUGAUUGGCUUGAGAUGCUCCUGUACAUAUUUUGCAUGGUUCAAGCAUGGGAUAUAAAUGUGGAGCAUUUUGUUUUUCUUUUUUUCUUCUUUUUUUUUUUUUUGGCUUUGAGGAAUUGGCUCUUCAAGCCCUUUUAGGUUUCUAGUCCUUUGGGGAGAAAAAAAAAAAAAAAAACCAGCUAGGACCCUGUGGUCAAGUGAAAAAUUCUCUGUAGAAUUGGGGUGGUGUAAAAUUAAUUGUAAGAACUCUUCUUCCAUCAGUUUUAGAAAAGCAAUGCUCUUUUUUUCCA